UUUACGAUUAUUUUUUCAAUAUCCUGUCUUAAUGAUGCAGCAAAGGACUUAAGGAGGAAUAUUAUUGUUUUUCCAUAAAUAAUCCAUCUUCAAUUUCAAUUUUCGAAAGUUCUAAGUCAAUAUAACCAAAAGUUAAUAUCGAAUUCAACAUUCCAUGAAUAAAGUGCCUAUGCACUUUUUUUUUAAAACGAACAAGCUUAUUCCUUGAAAACUUAACCUUUCCAUACCUAGUUUAGGUAGAAGGUAGAACGGAAAGAAAAACUUAUCAGUUAUAAUACCCCUAUCAGCAAUUCUAAUGAUGUGGAACAUAUAAACUGCACUCGAUUGCAAAUUGCUUCUGAAAAGCAUAAGCUGAAUCGACAAUUGUGUCGAUUCAAGGAACAAAAUGUUUUUUUUUACUUCAAUUAUUGCUUUUACUGUCUUUGGAACCCUAACAGUUUCGAGUGUUCUCGAACCUGAAUGGAAAGGCAAAGUAUUUCCUGAUCCCAAUCCAAUCGAAGGAAAUUCGAUUGAUGGAAAAUACGAGAAAGAUCAUCAUGGAAGAAUUCCAAUGGGUGUGAAGAAUGCUAAAUGCGACUGGGGUCAGGACCCAGAAGGAUUUGAUGGAGAUUUAGGGCCCCAAAGCUAUACAUGUCUAAAUGAUAGAUCGCUUUACCUUCCUAAUCCAAAAAUGUUUCCAAUUUUGAAGAAGGACCACAUUCCAAAAGCAUUCGUGCCAUGGCAUCGAUGCAUGAACGAAUCUAUAAUAUAUAAUCAGAUUAUUCCUACUUUUGGAGAUCAUAGACCACUUUGGCCUAAAUAUGGAGAAUAUUCAUUUUUACCUAAGCAAAGGUGGGUCCACAGUUUAGAACAUGGGUCUAUUGUAAUGCUGUAUCAUCCAUGCGCAGAUCACAACGAAGUGAAUGUUCUAAAAACGAUACUCAAAAGAUGUUUGUACCAGUACGUUAUAACAGCAUUGAACGAGUUGGAACCAGAACAUCCCUUGGUUUUGGUAGCUUGGGGUGUCCGUUUGGAAAUAUCCAAGGUAGAACCUGAUAUUGUACUUGAUUUUAUUCGACGUCAUGCCUUCAAGGCUCCAGAAAAAGUGAAUAGAGAUGGUCAGUACGAAGAAAAUUUGAUAGAAGCUGCUUCUACUGAUCUUCAAGGAAAGGAAGAUAAUAUUUGUCCAGGUUAUUGAAAAAUAUAUUUGUUAUAACUUGCAGACUGAAAUAAUUCAACGAUAUUCUACAUAUUUGCUUAAUUCUAUUUAAAUUUGUAUUUAUGUUAAUUUGAUUAAACGAAAUAUAUGC